AUGGCCUCCGCAAAGCCCCGCGUAUACAUCCUCACAGGCGCCGUCGCAGCCAUAACAGCUACAGGAGCAUGGUAUGGCGCCGGCCUGAAGACGAGGCAUGAGUUCAAGCAGGAACGCCAAACCAUAACCCAAGCCACAACAUCAGACAGAAUCGCCAGUCUAGAAAUGUCAAAAGCAAAGCUGUUGAAGCAAAGAACAGAAAUGCAGAACAAAAUCGAUCAAUUGACUGGAAAAGCCACGACGCCACCAGUUGAGAAAAUUGGGCCUGGACGAUGA